AUGAGCGUUGCUAUACUUGAUGCCGGGGCUCAGUAUUGCAAGGUUAUUGACAGGCGCGUCCGCGAAUUGAAUGUUCAUUCGGAAAUCGUUCCUUUAAAUACUUCUCUGGAUAGUUUAAUAGAACGCGGAUUUAAGACAAUCAUUAUAUCUGGAGGGCCUGGAUCAGUUUCUAAGGAUGAGCUCUCUUCAUUCGAUCCAAAAAUUUUCGAAGGUCACAUGCCUGUUUUGGGUAUUUGUUACGGAAUGCAGCUAAUGAACCAUCUUGGCGGGGGGAAAGUUGAAAGUAGCAGUGUACGUAAGGAUGGACGGUUUACAAUGAUUGCAGAUACUUUAUCUCCCCUUUUUUCUGGUCUUACUUCAGAAGAGCAAGUACUUCUUACGCACGGCGACCAAUGUACGAGCAUUGCUGAGGGUUUUAUAACUAUUGGUACUGUUAAUGAAACUCCGGUUGCCAUCGCAAAGCCAGCAAUAAAUCUCUAUGGUGUGCAGUUUCACCCCGAGGUCGAUUUGACAACCAAUGGAAAAGCAAUGUUGUCGAAUUUCUUAUUUAAGAUUGCUGGGUUGUCGAAGGACUUUCAUAUCGAGAAUCGCCUCAAUUCCUGCCUCCAGCACCUUAGAGAAGUCGCCGGGGAGAGGAAAGUCCUGUUCCUGUUGAGCGGCGGUGUGGACUCCUCCGUGUGCGCGGCGCUCGCCCUCAAAGCCCUCGAACCGGAACAAAUUUACGCCGUCCACAUCAAUAACGGAUUUAUGCGGAAAAACGAAUCCGAAUUUACCUUGGCGGCUCUUGGUAAACUUGGACUUAACGCGCUGUGCUCUUCCUCCUCCCCCUCCUCCUCCUCUUCUUCUUCCUCCUUCCCCCCUCCCCCUCCAUUUUCUCUUCCCCCUCCUCCUCUUCCUCCUUCUCCUCCUACUCCUCUUCCACUUCUUCCUAUUCCUCCUCCCAUAUUUACCUUUUGCCUUAGCUCACACUUCCUCCUCUUCCGCGCCGCCAUUACGCAUAACAGCAAAGCUUGUUGUGACGUUUCAGUGAAGUAUGUUAAUGCAACGUUGCGUUUCCACGCCGGCAUGACCACGUACCAGGUGCGCGUGGACACCUCGGCACUGGCUCCGGCCAGUCUUCUCGCCAAGGCCGCGUCGGGGACGCCUGCCGCCGGCGAGUCUGCCGACGCGCCCGUCUCCAUGGACGUGGAGAACAACGAAAACAACACCACCGCCACCGCCGCCACCACAUUUGCCCCAAAGGUCAUUCAGGGGGGUGUGGUGCCUUACCAGGAGGUCCGCAACAUCCCCAUCGGACCGCUCAACCUGCACGUCGUCAAUCCCGAGGAGAAGCGAAAGAUCAUCGGAGACGUCUUUGUUCGUGUGGCCCAGGAGACGUGGCAGCAAUUGAAGUUGAAUCCUGACGAAUUCCUGCUGUGUCAGGGAACCCUCAGACCGGAUCUCAUUGAGUCAGCCGCUUCUUCCGUGUCCAAGAAGGCCGAUGUCAUCAAAACCCACCACAAUGUCACCGACCUCGUCAAGAAGCUUAGUCAAGAAGGUCGUGUGAUCGAGCCGUUGGCCGAUUUCCACAAGGAUGAGGUGCGUCGCAUUGGCCGGAUGCUCGGGCUGCCGGAGGAGCUCGUGGAACGCCACCCCUUCCCCGGACCCGGCCUGGCUGUGCGCAUUCUCUGCGCCAACGAGGCCUUCGUGGAGCGUGACUUCCCCGAGACCACGAGUCUGAUCAAAAUGAUCGCCGGCUACCAGGCCAUGUCUCAAAAGCCGCACACCCUUUUAAGCAAGAUUAACGCAGCCAUCAGCGCGGAGGAGCAGCAGAAGUUGAGCGAGGUGACUUCCGGCGGAACUCUUGCCGCGCAUCUCCUGCCCAUCCGUUCUGUCGGCGUCCAAGGUGACUGCAGGUCAUACAGCUAUGUUUGCGUGGUCUCCUCGGACAACAAACCGCACUGGGAUUCUCUCUUCUUCAUGGCCCAAAUCAUCCCCCGCAUCUGCCACAACAUAAACAGAGUGGUGUACGCGUUCGGCCCGCGGAUCACGAAUGCGAUCAACGACGUGACGGUGACGUACCUCCGCGAGCCGGUCGUGGAGACCCUGCGUGAGGUGGACGCGCGCGUCAACGCCGUGCUGUCACAGGCCAAGUGCAUGCGCAGCCUCGCCCAGAUGCCCGUCAUCCUCAUUCCCGUCCACUUUGACCGCGACCCCGCCAACAUGAUGGGCGCCUCGUCCAUUCUGCGCUCGGUCGUCCUCAGACCCUUCGUGACCUCCGACUUCAUGACUGGUCUGGCUGCCAAGCCUGGCGUUGAUCUGCCUCUUGAGGUUGUGGAGAAGAUGGUGGAGGCGGCCGCUGCGGUGCCAGGCAUUUCGCGCGUCCUCUACGACAUGACCUCAAAGCCUCCGGGUACAACUGAGUGGGAGUGA